AGUGCAACCGCAUUCCCGCAGCUAUGUUAGAAAAUUAUGACAUAAUUCCGCUAUUACUUGGGAAUAGGAAAAUUAAUGCUCUCAUUGCUUUGCAUAAAGAACUGUGAUGUCUUCCCUCGUUAACUGUCGAAAUACUAUUGCUUACUGGAGAUUUUGUCAAGAUCUGUUGUGAUCAUUUGCCUUAAAAGAACUCAAUCGUAACUGAAAUUCUUUGGAAAACCGGAAGUCAUAUACCGAUACCAAUAUGGGAUUAUUAGCCUUCUUACGGAAACUGAAAUCAACACCAGACCGUGACAUAAGAAUGUUGCUGCUCGGUCUAGACAACGCCGGAAAAACCACAAUGCUGAAAAAGCUUGCCACGGAGGAUGUCACGCAUGUUACACCAACACAAGGAUUCAACAUAAAAAGUGUCCAGUCAGCUGGUUUUAAAUUGAAUAUCUGGGAUAUUGGAGGACAAAGAAAAAUCCGGCCUUAUUGGAAAAAUUACUUUGAGAAUACAGAUAUUCUAAUUUAUGUCAUAGACAGUGCGGAUCGCCAUCGAUUUGAGGAAACUGCGGGUGAGCUGGGUGAAUUGCUGAUGGAGGAAAAAUUAAGCGGGGUACCAAUCUUGGUCUUUGCCAAUAAGCAGGACUUGAACCAUGCGGCACCGGCCAAUGAAAUCGCAGAAGGUUUACAAUUGCACACCAUUCGGGAUCGAGUAUGGCAGAUCCAGCCGUGCUGCGCAGUUACCGGUGAAGGAGUGCGGGACGGAUUGGACUGGGUAUUGAAAAACAUUCCAAAUAGAAAAUAAAGGAGGGACGUGUGCCGGCCCAGUAAAACCAUUUGACUCCCAAUGAAAGAACUGGAGAUUAUGAAGUUUUCUAUUCAAUCGUUCUUCCGAUGUGAUGGUUAAUUAGAUUAUUGGUUAUUAAUAUUACUUUGUGUUCGUAAUUCUGUACAAGCAAGCGGUUUGCUGAGCAGCGUAUUAUUUAUUUAUGUAAUGCUAAACCAGGUCUCGGAUUAAUUACAACAGAAGCGUAUUAAUAUCAGAAGUACUUUGCUGUAAUUGACUGCAUGGUACCGGCAUAUCGCUGUCUGCUAAUUUAAAUUAUCCAGUUUUUCGCGAUUCCAGUCGGUUGAGCGUUGGAGUCAUAACCCCAGCCGAAGGUUAUGCUGUAUAGCUAAAUCAAACAUGUUAUACAUGUAUAUGGAGUUUUCUUUAUU